AUAUGAACUCAGCAGCGUACUUAGUGGUGGGGUAUCUCAGCAAAAUGUUUGCCAUUAGGAAUAUACGUGUUUGUGUGUAUAACUCAGCAAUAUUUGCUGAGCUCAGCAAAAAUUGCCGGGCACAGCAAUUAACUUUCAAAAUGUCCAAAACAGCUGAUGCACGAAGAAAUCAAAACAAAAAAUUCCAGACGAAAAAAAGAAGAAGAUUGUAUACACACGCCGCUUUUUUUAUUUGAUUUAAAUGAAAAAAAUUCAAAAUUUUCUAUAUUCAUGGAACAAACAACCAAUAGAAGAGACUGGCGCAAACUGGUGAAAAAAUUGCAAAGAAAACGCCGAAGACAGAAGUUUGCCCAACAAAGGGAUAAGGAAUUGGAGGAAGCUGAAUUGGAAAAGCUAAAAGAUCCCUUGUACAAAACAAAGAUGGAACAACAAGAGCAACUUGAACAGCAACAACAGAUGGCAGAAGAUAAUGAACAUCAACUACAGGAGGAGCUAUGGCUGCGUAGGGAACUGUUGGCACAACAGCAAUUUAAAAGAGAUGAAUUAAAAAGACAGGAGGAGGAGGCAAAAUUAGUAGCUGAACUUAUUAAAAAGGAGGAGGAAUUAAAGCGGCAAGAAGAAGUGCGUAGGAAAAAACGGGAAGAGCUAAAUUUACGUGCCGAAAAAGAGGCCAAAGAAUUUGAAGAACUCAUGGUUUGUAUGCAAGAAUAUUUGGAGGAUAGCAGCAUGAAAACUCCUGAACGACUGGACCGUUGUAUGGAAACGAAACCUGGAGAGAAACCAUGUGAAUUUUUCCUAAAAACUAAUUCUUGCCGUUUUGGCUCCGUCUGUACGUUUAAUCAUAAAAGACCUUUGCUGGCCAAAACCAUUUUAAUUAGACAUUUCUUUCAACAUCCAUUGCUGGAGCAACAAAAACAUGAAGAAUACUCUAGGUCUGAUAGUGAAUUAGAAUUAAGUGAACGGGAUUUGCGUGAUGCAUAUGACGAAUUCUGUGGAGAUGUUUGGCCCGUAUUAGAAGACUUUGGUACCAUCAUCAACUUUCGAGCAGUACGUAAUGUGCAAAGUCAUUUCAGAGGCAAUGUUUUUGUAGAAUAUGCCGACAAAAGAUCUGCUUUAAAAGCCUUCAUGAAUCUUCAUAAUCGUUAUUAUGCUUCGAAACGUUUAAAUGUUGAGUUUUCAAAUAUACGUGCCUGGCGUACUGGAGUCUGUGGUUUAUCGUUAGGCCGAAAAUGUCCCAAGGGUGUGGAAUGUAACUUUUUCCAUUUCAUGAAAAAUAAGGACAAUAAAUACAACAAGCAUAUUUUAACACGGGAACCAAAAACUCCAAGCGUGGCCCAAAGUUCAACAAGAAGACAAGAAACACCGCUCAUAAGCAGUGGCUGGAGUACCGUACAUUCUGGUAAAAGUCAAAAAACAUACUCACGCAAUUGGCGUUGGUCUGAAAGUCCAGAAAUUGAACUUAAAUCCAAAACUAAUUUACCUACAAAUUCAGAUGCAACAAAUGAACGCUCAUCUAGUUCUAAAGGAAAUCACUCAUCCCACAAAAAUUCCAGAUCUAAAAGUCCAAAUUCAUAUUCAUCACACAAAAAAUCAAGAUCUAAAAGUCCAGAUACUCAUUAUAACAGAAAUUCUCAAAGAUCUGCAGCUGUUAGUGCAAAUUCAAAUCGGGAAGUAGAAUCUCGAAAAUCACGAUCUCGUAGUCCACAUUACGAACGUCGUAAAAUGGAAAAGAAGAAAACAAGAGAUAAAAGUCCCCACAAGUCAAGACAUAAACAUCAUAAAUCCAGAUCUCCCUCUGAUAACUAUAAAACAAAAUCUAAGCGAUAUAAUUAAGCCAAAAGGUAAGAAUUUUUCUUUUUUUCUAUUUAUACAUAAGGGAAUGUUUUUAUAAUGGUAGAAAUUGAUAAUCAGGGAGUUCUAAACUUUUUGAAAAUGAUAACAACUUAAGAAUGAGUACUUGAAACCAAAAAAUAUUUUUAUACUAUAUUUUUGUAAUUAACAACAACUUAAUAAGAAUAUUGUCGUUUUAACGGUGAAUUUUAUAUAGAACCUAUUGUGAAUAAUGCUUCCAAGUAUUACAUAAACAUUUAUGUAUUAAUAUC